AUGUUCCCUCCAGCCAAGAUGGAGGCGAGUUUUGACACAGAGGAGAGCUUUGAUGAUCCUUCAUGUCUGGCUCCACAGCCUCCAGUUUCUCCAGCCAAACGACAGAACGUCAAGGAGGUGAAGGAGACCAAGACCACGGUGAACUGCGUGACGUUCCCUCUGCCCGGAGAAGGACCUGAACAGCAGCUGCUCAAACCUGGAGACUGGAGCUACUGCGACUACUUCUGGGCGGAUAAGAAGGACCCCCAGGGCGCCCCCUGUGUGCCGGGGAUAGAAGUGCUCAUCCAAAAACAGCUCAAAGGAAAAACACUGCAGAAGGAGAUGGCUGAGUUCUUCCACGAGAGGAUAAAGAUCGAAGAGGAAUACGCCAAGAACCUGUCCAAACUGUCCCUCAGUCCUCUGGCAGCUCAAGAAGAAGGGACUCUGGGAGAAGCCUGGACACAACUGAAGAAGAGUUUACACGAUGAAGCAGAGGUCCACCUCAAGUUCUCCAACAAGUUGCACAGUGAGGUGGAGAAGCCGUUGCUGGCGUUCAGAGGAGAACACUUUAAGAAGGAUCUGAAGAAGUACGACCAUCACAUCUCAGACCUGAGGAAACAGCUGGCCUCCAAGUACGCAGGAGUCGAGAAGGCUCGUAAAGCUCUGGCCGAUCGUCAGAAGGACCUGGAGGUGAAAACACAGCAGCUCGAAGUCAAACUCAGCAACAAAACAGAAGAAGACAUCAAGAAGGCGCGCAGGAAAUCCACACAGGCAGGGGACGACCUGAUGCGCUCUCUGGACCUGUACAAUCAGACCCAGUGCAAAUGGUUCGAGGAGAUGGUCACCAGCAGCAUGGAGCUGGAGAAGUUGGAGGUGGAGCGGAUCGAGUUCAUUCAGACUCACCUGAGACAGUACACCACCCUGAGACACGAGACGGACAUGUUCAACCAGAGCACGGUGGAGCCGGUGGACCAGCUGCUCCAGGCCGUGGACCCAGCCAAAGACCGCGAGCUCUGGGUCCAAGAGAACAAGACGGGGGAGGUCCGACCCGUGGACCUGGACAUUUAA